CCUGGGCUAUUAGCUGUGCUGCAACACUGCAGCCGUCCCACACUGUCACUCUGAGUCACAUCAUCAGAUGAUUACAUUCUAUGGGAAACUCCAGCGCAAACUGAAAGUGGAAGCUGAGGCUCAGUGAGAGACGCGGCAGAGAGCAAUCUAGACGGGGGCGAGGAGACGCGAGGAGAGGAGAGAGAGAAUUGGAUAUAUAAAUAUAUAUAUAUAUAUAUAGAGAGAGAGAGCGAAAGAUAGAGAGAGGGGGAAGGUAGGAGUACUGCCACCCUGAGAGGUAUAUUUCAGGCAAUAAUAGUCACCGAGGGUCAGACAGCUACAGAGAUGUGACUUGGAUAUAGAACAUACAAGUAAUAUAUACAUUGUCAUAGAGCUGCUGUGGAGAUGACGUUUCAAGGACUCCGCUUCUUACUCUCUCUCUCUGUGAUCUUGGAGCUGAUCUAUCGGCCAGGAUCUUCUCAGUUGGUCAGCAGCUUCAAAUGCUGUCAAAUCGUAAAACCAUGGAAAGAAUCUUAUUUUUCACAUCUAGUGGAGAAAGCAUCAUAUGCUGUUUGUCGCACCAACAUCAUUGAAUUUACAUUACCAAGAGGAUAUAUUUGUCUUGAUCAGUCGAAAGACAAACGGGUGGAGGAAGUUAUCAGCUGCAUUAACAGAGGAAGACAAGUGUGUCUAGUGAAGCCCACAACUUCCACUGUCUCCUCCACAAGAUCUGCACCCAACAAUGAUGCCUCCACACAGAGCCGGAUGAUUGACAAACACGCGCCCACCCAGGCUCCAGUACCGGAUGUACCAGACUCACACCUGAACGGCAGUGAACACCUGAACGGGACAAGUCCACCUGCAAUGACUUCACACACUGAAUCUCAGCAAGCUUGGCCCAAAGUCUCCGACGAGAAGCCCCCCACAUCCCCUGAUUCCACAACAAGGUCCGCAGCCAAUAAAGAUGUCUCCACACAGCGCCAGGACGGGAGAAGUCAAAAGCCCACUGGGGCUACGGGAACAGAUGGACCUACCACGCUGACAUUCCCACUCACCACCAAAGCGUCAGACUCAAACGCAAAUGGCAAUGACCGCCUGCACGACGGUGCACCAUCGGAAGGUGAUGAUGGCACAAAGAUGAAACAGAUGAAGAUUGCCAUAAUCUCAUUAAUUGGAAUUAUUUUUGCAAUUACGGUCGUUGGCACUGCCUUAUGGUGCCGGAGGAGGAGACCCAAAGGUAAUCUGCCUUACGAUGAAAGACCUGUGUGCUAUAGUGUCGCACAAUCAGAGGACUCCAUAUCGUGAAGGCCAUGGACGAAAAAGGUGAAGAGAAGCAAUGUUCUGUAACAGGUAGAAGAUGGAUAUUACAGCGCUAGUAACACAGACCUGGUCUACGGACUAUGGAUGGAUUCCACAAAUCCUCCAUUGUGAAUCCUGAUCUUCUGAAUGUUGGGUACUCAGCCAAUGACAAUCAUUGAUCUCGGAGAGGCAAUAUGGCCACCAGUGCGGUCUUUGUAUAGUUAUCUACGGUUUCAUAAGACCCUUUUACAUAAAUGUACGUUGGAGAUAAUCACAUCCUCCAUAGACCAGAAAACACACACUCCCUACACCUUUGUUAGUUGAAAAAAAAACACGGUAUCUUUGUGUUGAGGAUCUAACAAUGGUUUAGCUCCCACCAUGCAUCACACAAUACAGGGAAAAACUGGUAAAUGGGGUCCGGUAGCAGAAUACAGAAUGGGUAACCACCCAAUGGGUAGCCCUCUCCUGCUGUUAUCAGAAUGCUGAGACCUGUAGUUCCCCAACACUUGGGCAGCCACCUGUUGACUUUGACUUUGAGUAAAGACAUUCACCGGCUCCUGUAAAACAUGGCAUGGCGGCUGGUGGAGGUGGCGAUGGUACUCACUGGGUGCAGUCUUUCAUGAGGAUAGCCCCCAUUUGUUUGUUAACCUCCAACACAGACAUGUCACCGCCAAGUGAUAGGUUACAGACGGCCGUCACUCAGAUGGGUCUGGCCGAUGGUUUUAGGUCUAUGAAAAAAGUGUCAGUGCUAAAAGUAAAGAUACGAGUACUCAACUGAACUGCUCACGGUCCUGUGGCCAACUUAGUGUCUCCCCCUAGUGGCCUAUUAUGUGGCUGGAAUGGACUAGUCUGGUGGUACAAGUUCUAGGAAGGUGUGAUAAAAUUCACCAGCAAUAGUAGAGGAAACCAAAAGGGCAGCCCAGUAACAUGAUAAAAAAAAACACUGACUCUUCCCAGACCCCCAUCCGGGGCCAGUGUCUCAUAUUCAUUAAUACAAGUCUUCCAAAUAAGCCAAUGAUACAUCUUACUGGGCAUGCCCAAGCAAAUGCAGCUUAAAAUAUUGCUGCCCUGCCAUGGGCAUCCGGGCAACUCAAACCAUCCCAUUGGCUUAGUGCCAAAAGCAGCCCCGUGCUCCGCCUCCACUUCCCCUGUACAAUGUUCCCCAGCGCUGCUUAGGAUUAGGAAUUCCUGUCACGUGACCAUUCUCCAGACAUAUAUAAGUGCUGUAUAAAUAGAUGCACAGUCAUGAGUGGCACUGCGGUAAAUGGAAUCACUUUCUGUCAUAACGAAACAACGUCUCACUUCUUCUUCAAAAAACCCCCAGAUAAUAUCAGUCUCAUGAAAUACAGUAUUAAUAUACCUGUGUUUCAAAGACACAAUGAUUAUCCUUCAGUCCACUCACGUCUGCAGAAAGGCCACACACCUAAGGGUCAGAUUACCGGUAGCUGUGCAGGAAGCGGCAUUAGAUGAAAAACAAUUAACACAAAGGGUAUGAAUUAGUUUACAGUAGGCCACAAGGGCGUAGAUUCUGGGAAUAUCACUUUGUAUUAAUUACCAGAUUGGCUUUAUAGGAAAUUCUGUAAUGUACUAGCAAUACUGCAAUAUGUCUAACUAAUGUGAUCUGGGUGACAUGACACCCCCUUGUGGACAGAAAUGGAAAUGUAGGCUGUUACUGUCAUUUUUAAGGGUUGUAGCUCUUUUGUUUUUUUCUUUAGCUUUGUAUAAAAUGAAACAGUGAGGCACAGAUUACUCUGCACCGAUGUCCUGCUUACCUUGUAUUCUCCAUCUACUAGUAAUAGUCAGGGAAUAGACAAAGCCAUACAGUACUUUGCACUUUGCUGAUGCAGGAUGUCAUGUUGUGUAAGAACAGCAGACCUGCAGAAUGCAGCGGCCGAAUUAUCAUGUAACAUGAUGGGAAACAAUCAGGGACUCUAGGAUGAGGCGUUACAUUAAACAAAUGCGUAAAGAACCUUUAAUAUGUACUUCUAGAGAUCUUGUGGCUGGACCACAAAUAGCCACGGAGCAUAGAAUCAAUAGCGCCUGUUGGUAAUUCUAAAUAUUCCAUUAGUUAUGUGUUUGUUUGUUUGUUUGUUUGUUUGUUUGUUUGUUUGUUUGUUUGUUUGAUACACUGAAGCUCCCUGACAAUAAUUCAUUAUGAAUGCUUUUAUAUGUAUUUGUUAAUGUGGCUUUGUUAUGAAAAUGACCAUUAAAAAGAAUCUAUUUUUAUUAA